CAUCAAGCCGGGCUGUUUUUGUUUUUUGACGUUUCUCAACGCGACUCACCAAAACAUCGUCCACCACGUUUUUAGGCAUCGAAGCAGUUUCGUGCGGUGCUCGUAAAUUUUGCGCAAAGAAAGUUCGUACACCGCCAGCAAGAUGCCGAAAGUGAGCUCCCGUUCGGGGCCGCCCCGUAAAUUGUCGACCAACAAAUCGGGUCACUCGAUGAACCCGGAACGGUCGACCGAAGGGCUUAAAGGGGUUGCCAAGCCCCGAAGCAAAUCCACCAUCAAGCGGCUGCAGAUGUACCGGAAUUUCAAGGCGAAGCGGGACAGAAAGGGAAAGAUUUUGACCCCGGCUCCGUUCCAGGGGUGGGUCGCCAGCGGUACUGUGGCUCGGGUGGAACCAUCUCCGAAAUGGUUCGCUAACUCUCGGGUGAUUUCGCAAAGCUCGCUGCAGAAGUUUCAGGAGGAGAUGGGCAAAGCGGUUAAGGAUCCGUACAAGGUGAUCAUGAAACCGACCCAGCUGCCGAUUACUCUGCUGAACGAAACCGCUCGGUACCAGAGGGUGCAUCUCUUGGACACGGAGAGUUUCGAUACAACGUUCGGACCGAAGACGCAGAGGAAGCGGCCGUCGUUGAAGGUGCGCGAUUUGGAGGAUUUGACCAAGAAUGCAGAGGAUUUGGCGGAUCGGUACGACGAGGGCAAGGAUCGGGACUUGGAGCGAGAGGAUGAAGGAGUGAAGGAUCAGGUUCGGGAAUGGAUCUUCGCCGCCGGACAGAGCAAACGUAUCUGGAACGAGCUGCACAAGGUGAUCGAUUCGGCGGACGUGUUGCUGCAGGUGCUGGACGCUAGAGAUCCAAUGGGAACGCGUUCGAAGUACAUCGAAGGAUUCUUGAAAAAGGAAAAGCCCCACAAACAUCUGUUCUUCAUCCUGAACAAGGUGGAUCUGGUGCCGAUUUGGGUGACGCAGCGUUGGGUGGCUCUGCUGAGCAAGGAAUAUCCGACGAUUGCUUUCCACGCUUCGUUGACGCAUCCCUUCGGAAAGGGAGCUUUGAUCAAUCUGCUGCGGCAGAUCGGAAAGUUGCAUGUGGACAAGAAGCAGAUCAGCGUUGGGUUCAUUGGGUAUCCAAAUGUGGGAAAGUCGUCGGUUAUCAACGCUUUGAGAAGCAAGAAGGUGUGCAAAGUGGCGCCAAUCGCCGGAGAAACCAAGGUGUGGCAGUACAUUACUCUGAUGAAGAGGAUUUUCUUGAUCGAUUGUCCGGGAGUGGUCUACCCGACGGCCGAAACUGACACAGAAAAAGUUUUGAAGGGCGUCGUUCGUGUCGAAUUGGUCAACAAUCCGGAAGACUACAUUGAAGAAGUGCUGAGAAGAAUCCGUAGGGAAUAUCUUCUAAAGACGUACGGAAUUACCGAAUGGAGUUCGCACAUAGACUUCUUAGAGCAGAUCGCUAAAAAGUCCGGAAAGCUUCUGAAGAAGGGCGAGCCGGAUGUCCAAACCGUGGCCAAGAUGGUUCUCAACGAUUGGCAGCGUGGACGAUUGCCGUUCUAUGUGCCUCCGGAAGGAUUCGAGAUUCCCAAAUCCGUUCUGGACCAGACCACGGAUGGAGAAAAGGCGGCCACGGAGGAUGAACAGAAGAGUACGUUCUCGGGAGUGACGGCCACACCAACCAUUCCCGACUCGAUUAAAAAGGGACGAGAACUGUUCCAGAUUCAGGACUUCCGCAAAAUCAAGGUCAAUCUGGAAUUCGAGAGCGAAGACGUUCGCGAGAUUGACAAAAUUGAUCUGGAACUGCUGGAAAAGCUCAAGGAAGAGAAGAAGCAAGAGGCCAAGGCAAAGAAAAAGGCCAAGUCCCAGAAUCCGGAGAACGAGGAUGACGACGACUCGUCCGGAAUUUCCGAUUUCUACUCGGAAGACGAGUACGACGAGGAAAUGGGAAAGGUCGUUCACAAAAGUGCCAAGGCCAAGUCCGCUGCUGCUGACAAGGGCAAAACAAAAUCUGCGAGCGGAAACUUCGACGUGGAGGAAGAGGAAAGCACGGAAACUGCAGCGAAGGGUCUGCCCAAGAUGACCGCCAAGCAGCGAAGAGCCGUCGAGAGGGCAUCCAAGCGCAAGAAGAUCGGAAGCAACUUCUACGAAACGCAUAACGUCAAGAACCGGAAUAGGAACAAAAAGCCGAAGGCACCUUGAGUUUCGGAUUCUCUAACGUUAAUUUAGUGUUUAAGCCAUUGUGUAAAAUAAAUUUCUUCCAAG